AUGAAUAGACUACUUGGACAGAAGGCCGUGGAAGCUACUAUUCCAGGUGAUCAUGUGCUACCGCUGCAUUUCUUCGAGAACAGCCCACUUGUUCAAGGAAACAAUAUGGCUGUGUCUUUAGCCUUUGAUGCAGUUCUUGACCCAGAAAUCCUGCGACAAUCCCUUGAGCGCCUGGUUGAACGGGAUGGAUGGCGAAGAUUGGGAGGCCGUCUCAGAAAGAAUACUUCAGGCUCAAUCGAAUGGCACAUCCCCGGAAAUUUCACAGUCGAAAGGCCAGCAAUCUCUUUCGUACACGUCGAUCACGGAAUUUCCGCUUCGCUGCACCCGGGGGCAUCUCAAAUUCCAAAACCUCAAACUCACCCUGCCAUUGUGAGCGACCCGGACCAGUUACAAGACCUCGCAUGGGGGCCUGGGUGCAAACCAGGCGGUAUCAAUGACUACCUCGGCUCAGAAAAGCCUGUGCUUGGGCUGCGAGUCAACUCUUUUACAGACAAGACAGUUGCAGUUCUGCAAUGGCAGCAUGUUGCUUUUGAUGCACUUGGUCUGCAAUAUGUCGUUGAAGGCUGGAAUGCCAUGCUUUGGGGCAAGGAGGAUGAUAUCCCCACCCCAGUGCCGUACGAUACUGAUCCAUUUGAGUCAUUUGCAACGGGCUCGCGUCCCGCAAAGGAGAAACACGUUCUUUAUGAUAGACUGGCUGGAAUUGGAGGUAUUUUGAAAUGGGGUUUGGGAUACGGCUUUGAUAUGUUGGUCCGAGCGAAAGAGAAUCGCAUGGUCUGUGUACCCAAGUCAUACUGGCAACCUCAGCACGAGAAGGCCCUGGCUGAGCUUCGCGCUGAGGCUGUGGCCAAUGGCCAAGACGAAUCGAAUGUGUUCUUGACAGAGAACGAUAUCAUCACUGCGUGGAUCCUGCGUUGUGUGAUUGGGGAGAUGGGCAUGGAUCCGAACAGAACGGUUGCCGCAUGCAUUGCCAUGUCCCUCCGCAAAGCUUUCGAGGGCGAUCUUAUCCCGAAUUCCUCCGAACACCCAUAUGUCGGCAAUGCCUACGGCUGGGCCAAUGUACUACUAGCGGCAGACGAUGUCAUAUCAAAACCUUUAAGCCGGGUUGCACGGGAGAUUCGGCGCGCCAUCAAUACACAAGGCACGCAGGCUCAACACGAGGCCUACUAUAACACAGUACGGACCGCUGGGUAUGGUCUACCCAUUGCUAUUUUCGGUGAUGGUUCAAUGGCUCAGGUCGGCUUCUCCAAUUGGACCAAGGCCGGUCUGUUUGACUUGGACUUCUCCCCAGCUAUCAAGGCCACCAGAGGCGAACAUGCGCCAUGCAGGCCGUCUUACGUUCAGGAGAAUCAUGGCCCUAUCAAGCCUGGCGAUGGAUUUUUCGUCUUAGGAAAAGAUCAGGAGGGAAAUUAUUGGGCUUCCGCUUAUAAAUUAAAGGGCCAGUGGGCCAAAUUUGAGGAGCAGAUGAAGAAGGACUUCGAGGCAGAGUAA